AUGUCGUGGAAAGAUUAUAUUGAAAUAAACCUUUUGAACACUGGGACUGUUAGUAAAGCUGCAAUAAUUGGACUGGAUGGGAACGCUUGGGCAUGUUCCUUUAAUUUCAACGUAUCACCACAAGAGGGUCUUAAAGCCGCAAAUGGUUUCGAAAACCCAGCCAGUGUCAUAGACGUUGGUAUGUAUAUAGAUGGCCAAAAAUACGUUGUUCUGAGUGCAAAUUCCGAAUGCAUCCUCGGAAAGCACGGACGAGAGGGUGUCGUCCUUUACAAAACUGUAAAAGCCAUCAUUGUGUCGAUGUAUGAUAGUGGAAUUCAGCCUGGACCCUGUAACGCAACUACUGGUGCUCUAGCAGAUUACUUUAAACGAAUUGGAUAUUAA